GAGAAAAAACUAAUCUCAGAAGCCAGUUAGGAGGCUUUUUCAAUCACUAGUUCAGGUAAGAGAUGGUGAUGGUCUAAUGUGGGAUGGAGAGAAAGGAACCAUAUUGUAAGGAAUAAGUUGAAAAAGUAGGUUUGAGAACCAUGUCCAGAAAAAAUCUUUGGGUAUAGUUACUGGCACAUGGAACUGAGUGGAAAUGAAUAGACCAGAAGGUUUACUAGGUUUUUGAAUUGUUUUUGGAAAUAAACUUACAAACCCGGUAUAUUUGUCAGUUUCAACCAGAGGAGCAGAACAGUAGGAAAUUAGAGAGAUUUGGCUUACACAGUUGUAGAGGCUAGCGAGGCAAGUCUGAAAACCGUAAAACAGGGUGUCAGGAAGGGCAGACUGGGACUCGUGGGCAUGGGCUGAAGCUGCUGUUCUUAGGUGGAAGUUCUCUGCCUCUCGUGGGGAAGCACCAGCCCUGCUGUAAGGCCUUUCAGCUGACUGAACGAGGCUCACCCACAUUAUCCAGGAUAAUCUCCUUUAGUCAACUGAUUAUGGAUUUUAAUUACAUCUAUAAAGUGCUUUCACAGUAAUAGUUAUAUAAGUGUUUGAAUAGCUGACAGCUAGUAGCCCAGCCACGUUGAUGUAUUAAAAAAACAAAAAUAUACCUGGCCUGCAAAGUUAAUCUUUGAAAUAAUCUUCAUGUUCCCAAUCCUGAUGCUCAGUGACUGUGCUGUAUUAUAAACUAGCUUCCAAGAAGGGCAUACUCACCAACAUACAGUCAGAAUAGUGACUCAUUCAUACCACGUGUGAAUGGUAAUGCUAUCCGUUGAAUUAGGAGAGAGAUCUGCUGUUACUGGUUAGUUGAUAGUACAUACCAUGUAUAAAUAGAUCAAAUGUUAAUAUGUCCAAAGCUUGAAGAUCCUCUGGAACAUAUGGGUAGACACUGUAAUAUGUAGUUGGAAUUGCAGAUAUGAAAAUCUAUAGUGGUGGGAGCUAAAAGUAAAAGUCUGGGAACUUUUUAGUAUGUAAAUUCAUAUUUGAAACUGUAGAAAUGGGAAAAAUUCUUUAGGAAUAGUAUUUAAAACAGGAAUGAGGAGGAUAAAGCCUGAGGAAUACUAGCAUUUAAGGAAGGAAGAAGGACCAGUGAGCAAUUAAUGGUUAUCACAGGCGGUAUGAGAGCCAAAAAGUGGUGUCAGGAAAGCCAAAGGUGGAAACAUAUUCCAGGAGUAGAUGGUUUCACAGUUAAGCAGUGGGAACUUUUCCAAUAAAGUCAAAAAUAAAGCAAGGAUGUCAGGACUAUGAUAUUUUAGUUAUUUUGUGUUUGCUAACUUCUGUUCUUCUUACAGGUUUCAGUCUACAUGUUACUUCCUUGAGAAGCAGUAUUUGACACCUUUCUCCCCCCACAUCCAGCCAUCCCCCAAGUCUGAGUUAGUUUCUGCCACUGCCUUCUACAAAGCACAACCUGUAAUUCAGUUCAUGUGUGAAGUUCUUGACAUUCAUAAUAUUGAUGAGCAACCAAGACCUCUGACUGAUUCUCAUCGGGUAAAAUUCACCAAAGAGAUAAAAGGUCUGAAGGUUGAAGUGACUCAUUGUGGAACAAUGAGACGGAAAUACCGUGUUUGUAAUGUAACAAGAAGGCCUGCCAGUCAUCAAACCUUUCCUUUACAGUUAGAAAACGGCCAAACUGUGGAGAGAACAGUAGCACAGUAUUUCAGAGAAAAGUAUACUCUUCAGCUGAAGUACCCACACCUUCCUUGUCUGCAAGUGGGGCAGGAACAGAAACAUACCUACCUGCCACUAGAAGUAUGUAAUAUCGUGGCAGGGCAACGAUGUAUCAAGAAGCUAACAGACAAUCAGACUUCCACUAUGAUCAAAGCAACAGCAAGAUCUGCACCAGAUAGACAAGAGGAAAUUAGCAGAUUGGUAAGAAGUGCAAAUUAUGAAACAGAUCCAUUUGUUCAGGAGUUUCAAUUUAAGGUUCGGGAUGAAAUGGCUCAUGUAACCGGACGUGUACUCCCAGCACCCAUGCUACAGUAUGGAGGACGGAAUCGGACAGUAGCAACACCAAGCCAUGGAGUAUGGGACAUGCGGGGGAAGCAAUUUCACACAGGAGUUGAAAUAAAAAUGUGGGCUAUAGCUUGUUUUGCCACACAGAGGCAGUGCAGAGAAGAAAUACUGAAGGGUUUCACGGACCAGCUGCGUAAGAUUUCAAAGGAUGCAGGGAUGCCCAUCCAGGGCCAGCCUUGCUUCUGCAAAUACGCGCAGGGGGCAGACAGCGUGGAGCCCAUGUUCCGGCAUCUCAAGAACACCUACUCUGGGCUACAGCUCAUUAUCGUCAUCCUGCCAGGGAAGACGCCAGUGUAUGCGGAAGUGAAACGUGUAGGAGAUACACUUUUGGGUAUGGCCACGCAGUGUGUCCAAGUCAAGAAUGUAAUAAAAACAUCUCCUCAAACUCUCUCAAACCUGUGCCUAAAGAUAAAUGUUAAACUCGGAGGGAUCAAUAAUAUUCUUGUACCUCAUCAAAGACCUUCUGUGUUCCAGCAACCAGUGAUCUUUUUGGGAGCAGAUGUCACUCAUCCACCAGCUGGUGAUGGGAAGAAGCCUUCGAUUGCUGCUGUUGUAGGUAGUAUGGACGCCCACCCAAGCAGAUACUGUGCCACAGUAAGAGUUCAGAGACCCCGACAGGAGAUCAUCCAGGACUUGGCCUCCAUGGUUCGAGAACUUCUCAUUCAGUUUUAUAAGUCAACUCGGUUCAAACCUACUCGUAUCAUCUUUUAUCGGGAUGGUGUUUCAGAGGGCCAGUUUAGGCAGGUAUUAUAUUAUGAACUACUAGCAAUUCGAGAAGCCUGCAUCAGUUUGGAGAAAGACUAUCAACCUGGAAUAACCUACAUUGUAGUUCAGAAGAGACAUCACACUCGAUUAUUUUGUGCUGAUAGGACAGAAAGGGUUGGAAGAAGUGGCAAUAUCCCAGCUGGAACAACAGUUGAUACAGAUAUUACACACCCAUAUGAGUUUGAUUUUUACCUCUGUAGCCAUGCUGGAAUACAGGGUACCAGCCGUCCUUCACACUAUCAUGUUUUAUGGGAUGAUAACUGCUUUACUGCAGAUGAACUUCAGCUGCUAACUUACCAGCUCUGCCACACUUAUGUGCGCUGUACACGAUCUGUUUCUAUACCUGCACCAGCGUAUUAUGCUCACCUGGUGGCAUUCAGAGCCAGAUAUCAUCUCGUGGACAAAGAACAUGACAGUGCUGAAGGAAGUCACGUUUCAGGACAGAGCAAUGGGCGAGAUCCACAAGCUCUUGCCAAGGCUGUACAGAUUCACCAAGAUACCUUACGCACAAUGUACUUUGCUUAAAAAGUCCAAGAAUAUUCUCUGAGAGGAAGAACUGAAAGAUGCAUCGACAUACAGCAUAUGUUUCCAGUGGAGUCAGUUAAGUGGGGAUGCCUCCAGCCAUACAGCAACCAACACUGUGUGGGGACCAGGGUCUGAUUUUUAUGUUGAUACAAGGAAGAUUGUUUACUUCAUCAAGGAACACAGCACCAUUAUGCAAUAUGAAACCAGCCAACUGCUUUUUUGUGCGGUCUCCUUAGGAAGUAUCGCCAUUGUUUUGUUUUCACUUUCUUGUAGUCUAACCCUUUUAAUGCCUUUACCUCAAGUUGCUUGGCAGCACAACUAUCUUUGCAAAAAAAAAAAAAAGUAAAGAAAAAGUAAAUGACAGUUUAAAAAAAAAAACACACCUACAUGAAUAAUCAAAGUGAUUGUUCACGAUUAUGUGUGCAAAAAAAUUAAUGUGCAUUCGUGUAUUCUUGUAAAAGGUAUCUGUGUAUAUUUUAAAUAUAUACAUGUAUACUUCACAUGCAUAUAUAUCUAGAUCUACACUGAUAAUAGAUAUAUAUGUGUCUGUGCGUGUAUUUUAUAGUUCAUUCCACUGGGGAACUUUCUUUCCCUUUUAUUAUUUUCCCACCACCACUUUGAUUUUUCUCUCUACCUCCCUUGCCUUCAUCACCUACAUUUUUUUUUCCUAAUGCUACCAGUGACAUUCAGAUGUUCAUGUAUCUGGUUCAUUUGGAUAUGAAGCAUGGCAAACUAGAUUUUUAUUUUUAAUUUUGCACACCCUACUCCUGUCUCUUGUCUCAUACACAAUUGCAAGUCCUCAACUCUUGAUAUUGCUUUCUUAAGAAACAAAAUUUUAUAUAUAUAUACAUAUAUAUGUGUGUAUAUAUAUAAUGUUUCUGUGAGAGUGCGUGUCUGCCCCCUCCUGCUCUGAAACUACAUUUGCCAUUUGUGCAAUGUGUACAUAAGCAGUAGCAACCGUAAACUAUUCUUUUUCUUUAUUUUGUUAAAGCUGCUAUAAAUAUAAAACCUUGUCAGAAGUUGUAACUCAGAAAUUUCUCUCUGUAAGUGAUAUGUAUUCUAAAGCCUUCUGUUUCUAUGGGUUAUACAUGAAAAUCCCUUAUAGCUUUUAUAAAGGGCAAAUAUUCUAAAUGAUUGGAACUCUUUAGGGUUGAGGCCUCUGAAAUUGGGUGGAGAGAGAGAAGGUGUUCUUGAGGGGUUUUUUAAUUUUAAUUUUUUUUUUUUGCUAGUUUACUUGCUGCCUCUCAUACCUUAAUGUGAUUUUCAUAUAUAUAUAUUUUUAUAUAUAUGUGCGUAUAUAUAAACAUAUAUGUAUGUGUUUUGAAGUACAGCUUCCUUUUCUUUCAUAUUUAUUAGAAUAGUGCUUUAAUAAUUAGAGAACUGUAUUGGCAACAUCUUUUAUAGAAAUGUAAUCAUGUUUAUUUUAAGAACUGACAACUUGUUCUGCUGUCUUUUAGUGCAAUAAGCAGUUUUAAAGGAAAGCUGUGUCCGUUUGAUAUCUUUACCACGGAUAGUGGGAGAAACAGCACCUCCAUAAUUUUAAAAGGGCAAAGUAAUACAGCCUUAAUUUCAGAAGGAAAGUUUUGUAAUUUUUCAAGUUUAAAGCCUGUCUUCUAAAAAUUGUAAUGAAAAUGAAGGAAGUUAAAUUUCCUAAGUGAAUUUGACCUUGAAUAUUAGAGAUAAGAGUUGAGCUUUGAUUUAAGAAAUGACAGUGAGUAGGGGCACCUGGCUGGCUCCGUCACUAGAGCAUGUGACUCUUGAUCUCGGGGUUGUGAGUUCAAGCCCCACAUUGGUCACGGAGCCUACUUAAAAAAAAAAAAAAAAGUGAAUAGCUUAAUAUUUAGAAGACAUUUAAUUCUUUGAAAAUAAAUCACGUUUAUUGAACAAUCAUACUGAUUAGGUGCCCAUUUUCAUUUACUCAAAUGAAUCAGGAAAAUAUAAAAUGAUAUUUUAAAAACAUUUUUUGCCAAUUUAUCAGCAGUGUAACUUUCCUUUUAAAAUUAGGGUUACGGUGGCAAAGGAAGUUAGGAGUUUGAUCAUUUUAAAUAAGUUAAAUCACUGAAAUGUGGAAGAAGAUUUACAUUGAUUCUGUUUUAUUGAUUUCACUUUAAGAUAUUCAGAAGUAUUAUAGAGCUGUCAAAAUCGAGUUCAUCAGUAACAUUGGAUUCAGGGGAGCUUUGCACUUUGUGACUCAUGAAAAUUGCAUUUUAAUUUUUUUUUUCUUUUUUGCACUGGUUCAGAGUAUAGAUACUACAGAUAGUUUCCAGUGGGCAUUGUUAAACCUUUCAGAAUUCCAUCUGCACAUGGUAACAAAUGGAUUAGCUCUUCAGUUUCUCUCUUACCUGUAAUCCACUUUUAUUGCCAAUUUACUGUAUUUUGAGCCUAAAAUCUGAGCCCAUGUCCUCCAACAGGUAUGAAAUCUUUUGUUUUCCUCUGCCAGAAAACUAAGAAAGUACUGUAUUUUGUAUGUUUAUUAUUGAAGUGUCUGAAAUGCAAUUUAUAACACUGUUUCAAAGCUCUUUACAUGAAGUAAUAUUUGUAUAGUAUAUACAUUUUUUCUCCCAACCCUCCCCCUCUCCUCCAAAAAUUUCCUAGAAAGCAUGUAUUUUUUUUUAACAUUGAAAUUUCACUGAAUAUAGUCGGGAACAUGAAUAGGAGAAGAAAAUAGUGUAUCCUAGAUGCUAAAACCUUGAUUGCUGUGUGCUUUCUCAGUAUGAGUAAGACACCUUCCUUUACCAAUGGAAGUUACACAGACUUAAUGUGGGAAACUGUAGGGCCCAGGAAAGAAUUGUAGAUACCUUUUCCCUAUUUACUGCUUCACCUUAGUUUCCAUAUGCUAGAAUGAAACCCAUAAUUUAAAUCUAUUUAGAAGGACUUUUACUGAGGAAAAACAAUUUUUUUAAUAUAAAGCUUUACCUUUAAAGUGAGUUCUUUUUUAGGGUUUCUUUCUUACAGUUUCACAUUGCUAGUUUAAGGUUGGUUAACUUGAAAGAAUAUGUAUAGUAUAUUUUGCUUACUAACAAAUUGGUAUAUCAAACUUAAUUAAAAGAAGCCUUGUGCUUAGAAUUUAAGAUAAAAAACUAGGUGGCAAGUACUUUUUGAAAUUUGUUUUAAUUAUUAUUGCACUUCCGGUGUAGAAUUCCUGAUCUUUUUUUACUAAAAAAAAAAAUUAAAAAGAUUGUUUUGAAUUUAAAGGUCAUGAAACUCGACAGUGACCUUUCUGUUCCUGCCUUUGCUCACUAAACUAUAUAAUGAAUGCUAAAUUUUGGUCUGCUGUUUUCUAUGAUGCAUGAGAGUGACUUUAAAAUGUCAGUCCCAGCCACUGGUAUAAUUGAUUUUCAUGUGAAGAAGAGUUGGGAGUUUAAUGUAUAUUCUGGAUGGCAAAUGUGUCUGGGUAAAGUGCAGAUAUACGUUAUUACAGUAUCAAGUUACUGGCAUCGAGGACCAUACAUUCGUAAUACUGUAGCUGCUAUAUUUAUUUAAUUAUGUAGAGUCCGACAGUUACUGCACUAAAGGAUAAGGAGAUGAGCAGGAUUGGAGGCUAGUGUUAGACACCCCCCCCUUUUUUUUUCCUAAAUAAGAUUAAGAACCUGAAAUAACAAGGUAACAAAGGGUGCUGCCGUUUUAGUUUCAAUUUAAUAUUAGGAUACUCUUUGUCUUAGAUAUGUGGAUUUUUACUUCAGCGGUUUUGCAAAAGGGUACCUCAGCCUCCUCAGUACUGGUAUUUGGCAUAUUUUCACAGAAGUACAGAUGCCCUUUAUUUUUUAAUAUUUUACCUUCUAACAAGUUACUCAGAAAAAAAAAAGUUCUUCUCUGGAAAUCUACCUGUUUGUAAUCUAUUAAUUUAUUUCUCUUCCUAGAAGAGUCUAGAAAGGAUUCUAGUGGGAAUGUACCGGGUGUUGUGGAAGGCACUUGAUAAAGAUUCAUCUCUACCUUCUAGCAUGGGGACUCCUCGCCUUCUAAAGACCCAUACUAGUUUUCCAAACUAGGUUCUCUGAUGACCCACCACUGCCUAAUGUUUACUUGUAUAUUUUGUAAUGGAUUUUAGUAUGACAGCGUGACAGGCUUCGUCAUGACAGACUUAAAGGAAAUAAAAUCUGAGUUGCCAUUCAGUAGACAUGGCUGGCAGAGGAUCUCAGUGUUUAAGGAAGAUGUCAACACUCAGAGUGCCAGUAAUAGAUCUGAAGUAAUUAGAUGGAUUAUUGGCCAGGAAUUAGAGACCAUUGUUAAAGAACUUUGGUGUUUUCAGAAGCUAACAUGAAUUUGCCAAGGGUGGUGAUUUUUAUGAAAUCCAUCAAGCUAGCCACUUGGAUUCAGCUAGAAUAUUUUGUAGUCUUGCUAUUUCAAACUUGAUAGAAAUAUUUUGCAAAAAGCUUAACUGAUAACUGUAUAAUUUUUAUUCGGUAUCAUUAAACCUGAGUUAAAUAUUUGGUUAAAUCAUCUCUUAGAUGUUCUCCUAUUGAGUCUUGUUAAAAGACAGGUUACUUCUAUAAUAACUUGCUACUUAAAUUAUCUUUUGUGAGUUAUCAGUCAAGCUGCAAAAAGACAUCAUUGACUUGGCAUCUUUAUUUUGCUUUUUUAAUCCAUAUAAAGUUUUAAUCCUUUUCAUUCUUUUUGAAAAUUCAUGGAUGUCUUAAAGCUUCAAUAAUAAUAGUUGGGAGACUUUCUAUAUAUCAAGUGAGGCCUCCCUGAGUGGCAGUAUAACCCUGACUCUAGAGUCUGUCUUUAUUUUCCUGUAUCCUUCCCAUUUGAUCAUACAAAGCACUUUCAUGAUUCUAUAGGAGUCAAAAUAAAUAUGACAAGAAUAGAUGUGUAAAAUCAGUACAGAAAUGUGAAAGAGUUUUCUCCAAAAAAUCUUUUUAAAAAUAAUGUCUGCUCAUAAGAACGUUCUUGAUCAGUGACAGUGUUAGAAAUGAUACCAUGAUUAGUGAAACCUAAGCUGACUCUCAGGAGGAAAAAAAUUAAUCUCUCUCUCCCUCUCUCACUCCCUCUCUCUUUCUAUAGAUAUCUCAAAGGGAGAAAAUAUUUUUUGACUUCUUCCUACUUUUAAAAAUGGUACACUUCAGUUUAUAGUUUUCCAUGUUGGUCAAAAUAGUUUUUUUUUAACUAAUGUAUAAUGGUCAAGGUGUGUGCUAAUACUAUUCUACUGCUGGUUGAAUUGUUAUGUUUCUUUACCCAGCAAAGAUAGUACUCUAGAUUUUUACAGUGUUCAUUAAACCUCAAGAAUCUAAUGUUCUUAAAGUAUGGAAACUAAAGAUUUUAAUUUGAAUUAAAAAUAGAUAAUAAAUUUAAUAUGGAAGGUUGAGAUUUACCAGUAAGAAACCCUGUUGAAGUAUGAGGUAACAAAGAGUGUGACAAAAUUAAGAUCCUGUUAAUUGAUCUGUCCGGCCAUUGGUCUCCCUUCCUUUUUGAAAUCAAUGUCUGAAGUAACCAAAACCUAGUGUGUCUAUGUUAGGGUCUCAGUAAAGCAAAGAUGUUCUUCAGGGUAGAGCUGAAUUAAAUUUUUAAAUCAUUUUUAAAGCAAGGCGGUUCUUAGAAAGUGCCUUUUCAGAAGAUGGUGCUGUAGAUUUUUAUUUUUCAGGUAGCACGAGACUAAAAAUUUAAAAUAAAUUAUUUUAGAACUCCAAGAGUGUGACAGUUUCAUAUAAAUAAUGUUACUCGUUGUCUUGAAUCUGGUCCAAGGGAACCAAGUAAAGGUUUUAUUCAGUAAAGCAUCUAGGUAAAUGCUCACCAAAUGUGUUUUGUAAGUUCGAAAAAUAAAUUUUUAACAGAAUUAACCCUUUCAGUUCUCAGCUGUGUUGAAGGUAAUCUGUAAGGCACAUAAAAAAGCAAAUCUGCUAAACUUUUUAACAAGAGUGUAGGCAUAGUAGCAAGUGCCCAAAGGGAAAGGUAACUUCCCAGGGAAUUAUAUGUCAUAGGCUGCCUUUCUUUUUUCCUUUUCUUUUUUUUUUUUUUAAGCAUAGAUUGACCCUUCUGUAAAUAUCUGUUGGCAUCCUUUUCUAAUUAAUAUUUAUUAAAGAAGACUGCUUAUAUAUAAAAGGAGAGCCAAGUCAUCAUAGAAAUUAGUUUAAGAGAAAAAGUAAAAUGAUUUUAUCUCUAUCUAUAGGGAAAUUCUCUCUUUUAGGCACAAAGAAAUAUUUUAAGUGAUUCUCUCUUUUUUUCUACCAUGGGGGGAAACUAUGAAAAAUGAUGACAGUGCAUCUAAAAGGGUGUAGUCAGUUAAUUAGAAAUGCAACAUGCAAAAUUGGGCUUUGGAGGAAAUAAGCAAUAUGAAGGGUAAUAGCAGAACCAUUCAUACUUACUAGAAAUGUAGCAAUCUACCAGAAAGCAGUUUUCCCCUGGACUGUUUACUAGUACUAGUAAACAGCAGUAAAUGAUCACCUAACCAGUUCUUGUGAAUUUGGUGAGCAUUUCUCCAGAAAAGAAUAGACUAAAAACAAAAAAACACCACACCUCAGUAACCUUGUAUGCUGCAUUAUGUAAUAAUGAUAGUAAAAUUAUAUCGAUUGUUUGGAGUGUACUGUGUCUGUUUGCAAAUAUACGUGCACAUUAAACUUUUUCAUUUUUUAUAAUGUCUUAAUAGGAAUUAUGAGUUUAUUUUUUUAAUAUUAAUUUUUCUAUUGUGAUGUUUAUAUUUAUUGGCAAUUUGUGUGCAACUUUUAUAUUUUGCUUAGAUGUUGGUUUUAAGGUAUUUUAUUUUUAUAGAUAUUUCUAGCUUUUCCUCUUUCUUUGUAAUAUUAGCAAAGAUUAAGAUGGAAUGUUAAUAUACCAACCAAACUACUAAUUCCAUAAAGUCUAGAGUUUGGAUUUUUACCAAUAAACUGUUAACACUAUUUUCUAACUUAGAAUAUUUAAUGUUGUUUAUAUAGUGGGCAUUAAAGACAGUCUUUAGAUAGAUUUCUAAAUAUGGAGGGGGAGAUGGGGCUUUUCUAUAAGUUAGAUUUCUUUCCCUUAAGUAGCAAGCUAACACUAACAGAUUGGAUUUAUUUUACCUGAUCUGCAGUUUUGGGGGAACUUGUCAUAUAAAUGAUUGUUAACAUUUCUUUUUUUAAUUUGAACUACAUUGAAACUAUUUAAAUGGUCACAUCAUCCAGCAUUAGGAUUAUGAUAUUUUUAUAUAGGCCUGGUAAACAAAUAAUAAAUGAUCCAGAAGUCUUGAUAACUGACUUUGAAAUGAGAUUUCCUUCCCACCCCCAUAGUUAUAUCAAAUGAAAGAUUUGCUACCCCGGUCAUUUCCCUAGCAUACUUUCAAAGUUGAUUCAACCCUGAGCAUCAGUGAAGAAAGAGAGUCUAAGUGGCCAGGUAGAAAAGCAGACAGAGUAAUAUAGUAUUUCAGCUAAUUAAAAAUCUAAGUAAUAAUUUAUGAAUGCAAGAAGACAGUGAAAAUCAUUGAUUAUAGAAUAUUAAUUUCAAGCAAUUAUGGUCACUCCAGUUUCCUAGUGACUAGAUAAGAUUAUUAGUAUUGCAGUGCACACUGACUUUUUACAAAGGCAUGUGAAAAGAGUGAAUUCUCUUAAGUAAAAUAUGUCCAUAGUAUUUUUACAUUGUGAAUUUGCUUGGAAAGCCACUUUUCUGUAAGAAUUUAAAAGAUAAAUUUUAUCCCAUCCUCUGAGUUUUAAAUUCUAAAUUAUUGGGGCUCAGUGUAUGACAUUUUGCUGUACCAUAUUCUUUCCACUGAGGGGGUAAAUGAGAAAGUUUCAAGUAAUUGUAAUUAGGAAAAUGUUAUUUUUAUAUUAUGUAAAAUUUUAUAAUUUUAAGUGAAUCAGCAUAUGAUUUCCUAUAGACAUUAGUCAUGUUUUUUUCUGCAUUUUUGCCAGUUAUAGUAGUUUGGUUUUGUGUGUGUGUGUGUGUGUUUUGUUUUGUUUUGUUUUUACUUAUGUACUAUUCUCAGCUACUUCCUUCACCCCCACAUUAAGUACUGAUUGAAGACUGGUACUCUGGUUAUAGGAAUUUGUUGCUAUUAAAUACGUUUCAAGCAGUCAAGAUAUAUUUUUGUUGCAAGUGUCUGCCACUUCUUGAGGGCAUUUAUUGUGCGUAUAACAUUAAUAGUUUUAUUCAUUAUGUUUCAACAUUGUUCUGUGUUGACGGGCAUGUAAUUCUUGUAGACCAGCAUUUUUAAGGCAACCUGGAGUAGAAGUAGUCCUUUCUUUCUUUUUUUUUUUUUCCUUCUGAAAAUUCAUAGGAACCUGACACAUAGAGCUUCUUUUCCUCUUUUAACUGUUGGCUCCAUAAAUCGGGGUACCUGGCAUCAGUACUGAAUUACACGGUGAAGUACUUGGUGACAUGUUCCUGUUCAUAGCCCACCUCCUAAGGAAGUAUUUGUGCAGUAAUAGUUCACCCCAAAAAAGAACUGUGUGAGUGGAAGACAGAUGGGCGUGUUGGUAUUAGAGCUUUGCUGGUUUGGGUUUUAUUAUUUCCAAAAAUUAACUGUGUUCACAUCUAUAAUUUUUAUGCUUGAAGUGUAACAGGCUGUGGCCAGAGACUAGAAAAGGCGAUUGCUCCGGUAUUUAAUGCCUGAAACUUCCCAUCCUUAUUUACUCCAUGCUUUAAUUGGAAGGACAAACAAAACUCCUUAAUUUGGCCCUUUAAUAAUAUUUUUAGAACCAAACAAGGAAAAACUCCACUAAAUGUUGCAGAUGUGACUAUCUUUAUUCUAAAAACCUUUGGAAACAGGAGGUCUUUGUAAAGAAAUGGACUGGUGGGACUGUGAGGUGUGUAGUGAAGGGGUGUGGGAAAGGCUUCUUUGCUGGGAGCCUUAGAUACCUUACAGCUGUCUCAUAAUUGCCUAGUUCUCACAACCACGUAGUAAACGAGGGACUUGCUCAAUGAACCUACAGAAGAGACCUAAGAAGAGUUCUCUGUCCCCUAAAUUUAUUUUCUGCUGUUGUCCCAGACGUAAAGCUGCAUCUCUUCUUGUUAAGUUAGAGAAAUCUUGGAAGUUGCUUCUGAAUAAUAACAAAGAAAUGAAGUAUUUAUCCUUAAAUAGAGCCAUGGCAUUGCUACCGACAUGGCUUUUCCCUUUACAUAGAAAACGCCAAGCAGGACCUUUCCAGACAAGGUAGCCUUUCCUGUAAAGAAAAUGUUUUUGGUGAAAGAUUUGGGGAAAACACAGAUACGUUGUAAUGAAGGGGAAAUCUUGCCUAACAUAGUUCAGCCAGGUUAAUGGAUACAAUUUGGGCCCAGCUUGCUUAACAAGAGGAAGCUUUGGUUUUGUUAGCAACAGACUUGGAUCUCCAGUGGUAAUUAACUUGCAGAUAUCUCCGUUUCAAAGAAAGGGAGUGAUCUCAUAUUAUUGAUGACAACCCUGCAAAUGUGCAUGUACUCUUCUUCUAAGUCAAACGCCAGGAGUAGUAAGCACUAUGAGAAAUUUUCUUUUUUUUUCUUUUCUUUUUUUUUUAAGUUUUUAUUUAUUUAUUUGACAGAGAGAGACAGCCAGCAAGAGAGGGAACACAAGCAGGGGGAGUGGGAGAGGAAGAAGCAGGCUCAUAGUGGAAGAGCCUGAUGUGGGGCUCGAUCCCAGAACACCGGGAUCACGCCCUGAGCCGAAGGCAGACGCUUAACCGCUGUGCCACCCAGGCGCCCCACUAUGAGAAAUUUUCUAAUAGUUUGUCCCUUAAAAGAAGAUUCUUAAAAUGUUUGCCAGAAGCUUUCUCAUGUCUUAACCCAGGGUGCAACCCCUUUCUCCUCUUUAAAAAAGGAAGAAAAGAAAAAGGAUUUAAAGGUCAUUUAUACAGAAUUCCACUAUGAAUAAAUAAUAGAGUUUUUAAAAUACUUGGGGAAGGAGGAUAACACACCACAAGCUAUAUCUUUUUUUUUUUUUUAAGAUUUUAUUUAUUUAUUUGACAGAGAUAAAGACAGCCAGCGAGAGAGGGAACACAAGCAGGUGGAGUGGGAGAGGAAGAAGCAGGCUCAUAGCGGAGGAGCCUGAUGUGGGGCUCGAUCCCAUAACGCCAGGAUCACGCCCUGAGCCGAAGGCAGACGCCUAACCGCUGUGCCACCCAGGCGCCCCCACAAGCUAUAUCUUGAUUGAGAGACUAUCUGAGCACUCUUUUCAUGUUUGGGUUCCACAAGUUUUCCUUUGAACAUGCCAUUCUUUAAUUUGCUUGAGUGCCAUCGUUCUGUGAUAUAAUCGAUGUUUUAUGCCAUUUAUGAAUUGUACAGUUCUCUCCCCACCCCGACCCAUAUACUCUCUCUCUCUCUCAAAAAUAAAGGGGAGGGAUAAAGCAAGAAAGAGAUACAGUGAGAAUCGUUAGAACGUAACUUUAGUUUUACAGAAGGAAAGAAAUACUAACUCUGUUCAGUGAGAAUUAAGAUUGAAAGUGUUAAUGCCGCAGAUAUUAUCUCUAGCCAUAAUUUUUUUUGCUAACUAGAGAGUGAUAAAGUGAACAGGAUAUAUAUUAGAAAUAUAUUAAAGUGAUAAAGAAAUUAUUCUUAAAGUAAUAUUUCAACCUUCUGUAACAGAGAUCCCCAUAUUCUUAAGGCAAAUUAAUGUAGCUUCUGGUUUUAAUCAAUCAAACAGACUGAUUUAAACUUUAAAAUACUUGUGGUUUUUAUUCUGACACAUCUUCUUAAAUAUAUAGAAAUUAUAUUGGAUGAACAUUUGACUGUUCUUUUCUCCUAAUUUAUGUAUCGAUUUAUUCAGGCUUCAGUUACAUAGAUGUAUCUCUCAUAUGCCUCCUGGUGUGUGCACAAUUCUAUAUAAAAAACUUUCUAACUCAACCCAAUUCCUAGUCAAGCCUGAGCUGUAAAAGGAGAAAGUAUAAGGUGUUUUGGAAUGCAAGAACUUUUUAAAAGACCACAACUGGAGAAAGACUGUAGAAAAAUGUGUUGCCUUUGAGAGUAGAAAGGGCUCUAAACAUGAGCUAGAGACUUGGGUGUUUAGUUAGAGCUCUGCCACUAAUUUGCUGCGUCCUUAGGCAGUUUCCUCCAUCUUCCCAGGUCUAGUUUCUCCUUGUAAAAAUGGGUAGUGAUAAUGCCUGCCCUCACCUACCUCACAAAGUUGUAAGGAUUGGAUAACGUUUGUGACAGUGCUUGAGUUCUCCAAAACGAGGUAUUCAGAAGUUCAAGAUCAUACAAGAGUGUUGUACGAAGGGUUCAUGUCCGAUUUGCCUCUUUGAAAGUAUCUUCACUAACCAUGGAUCAUUUUAUCAAACAGGUACAAGAGAAACUUAGGCCUUACCCUGGUCUGAUGUGCACUUACAAACAUAUCCUGUUUCUUUCUCCCCUGCCAGAUACCCAGGCUGAAUUUUUCUUUAUGAUAAUCCUGGGCAAAAGUGUCACUUCAAACACCAAACUCCUUGUAGUGGUGCUAUGGCAGCUACGAUUGUAUUUUGAAUUAGAUUCAUGUGGUAAAACCAUCAGAUAAUCAGAAAUUAACUUUGCCUUUGCCUUCCGGCAUUUUUGCUACAUGUUGGCAUCCAAGGCUGGUGGUGUACAACCAGAUAGUCAUCCUUUGUUUCUGUCCCAUUUUUGGUACCUCUUUUUGGAGUAGGGGCUUAGGUUGUAAGAAGGAAAGUGUGAUUAUUUCAUUCAUCACUGUGCUUGGACAGUGGACCUUGGAGUUGGACCUUGCUUUCCAAUCACCAUGUAUCUGUAAAAGUUAAAAUACAGUAAAAGAUUGUGUCCUUCAUUGUAAUUCAGUUCUGAGCAUCUGCACGUGACACCUGGCAGCCUGUGAUUGGUGUCUUACUGAGUUAUCUUUACAGAUCGGUGGUAGAGCCUUCACAUUUUGACAGGCUUACCCAUUUUUCUGGAGGGAAGGGGCUCUUGUUUCUAGGAAGUAAUCAAGGGCACCUCACCACAGGUUGUGGAAGCAAUUCCUUUUUUGCAACAGACAAGCCUGUUGUUUUUUGGUUUUUUUUUUUCAUUUGUUAAGAAAAAGGGAUGCAUUUUAGGUACACAGGGUAUGGACGCACUCAACACUUGCUUUUAAUCAACAGAUGUUGACCUCUCCUUGUGGCCGUUGGGCUUUUCCCAGCUCAUCACUAACAUGGUGGUAUCUGUCUUCGUUUUGUAAGGUAAUGAGAAUUACAGGUACUGAAAGUGAAAAGUUGGGUAGCUUCAGGCUUAGAAAAUGAACAAAAAGUCCCCCUUGCUGAGAUAGCUAAGAAUGUCGGUACAUCAGGAAUACUUUUAAUGAAGCAAUUUUUUCUGUAAUGUGUUGCUUUAAUGUCUCUCCUCAGUUAUGGACCCAUAAAAGUAUUACUGUAUCUUGUGAGUAAAGACCAUUCUCGUGGACUAGUAUAUGGAUGCAUUCAUAGGCUGUGGGAAGCAGUGGUGUGUGUGUGUAUGUGUGCGUGUGUAUAAAUAUUCUUUGUUUAUAACACUGUGUAUUACAUAAAUUUAUAUAGAAAAAAAUAAUGUGUUUCUUUUGUGUUUUGGGGACUAAAAUUGUAAUAUAGCCAUUCCAGUGUAAUCUGACAACUCACUCUAGAGAACAUUUAUAUUACACACAAAUGCACACCCCUAAAGCAUUGCUAACUGCUCCCACUUUAGAUAAUUGCUGCUUUUUUUAAACCCUAAGUAAUGGAGGAGGAAAUAGCACUCUUUUUAAAGGGGCUUUUCUGAAAAGUAAAAUGUAAAUAUAGGACAUGUGGGGAGGGUGGGACCACCUGCAAAUGUCCUGCAGAUGGACAAAUAGCCUUUUGAAUUUUACUUUUUAACCAUCUUGACCGUGUGUGCCUAUUUGUAUUGCAGAUGUGAACUAUUUUUGGGGUUGAUAUCAGUAUGUUUUAAAACUGAAUUAUUACAUAAAAUCAGAGUAACCUCUUUCUCCAUCCUCCUUUUCCACACUAACUAUUUUUGCCAAAUAUUUCUGCUGAAACCAAGGUUCAGCGUGGUAAAAUGACGGACUCUCAAACCUCCUUCCUCAUCUUCCCCAUCCUGUCUUACACCUGGUCUGGCCUUAUAUUUUUUGUUGGCUUUUCAUAAGUAAGAACAAUUUACUGUAGUAAUAUAAAGACUGCAGAAUUUCAAAAUGUUUAUAAGCCUUUCUUUGUUAAUGUUUGGUUACACAGUAACAUCAGUUAAAACAGUGGAGUCUGAGUUUGUAAUAUGCUGUAUGACCAGAUAAGAUCUUGAUAGGAAACUUGACUGCCACGUUUUAUUAAGAGGAAAGCGGAGGUGGGAGCAAACUACAGUAUAUAUGUAAUCUGUGUAUAAUUAGAAACACCAAAUGCCGAAUUCUAUCACUGUGUACUUGGGGGCCAGGCUUUGGAUUUGGUUGUCAUUUUAAUUCCUUGAAGACUAUAUGUAAUUAUGAUGAGCAGAAGGCAAAUAAAGUUUUUAAACAAAA